AUGGCCAAAAAUAACAUUGUGAAUGCAGGCUAUUGGUUCACCCAAACCAACGCCCACUGUCCCAUUUCCAAAAUUGAUACCAAUCUUUACACCCAUCUCUUCUGUGGCUAUGCUAAUCUCAACUCCCAAACCUACGAACUCUCCUUCUCCGAUUCAGCCAAGCCCCUUAUUCAUCACUUUUCUAGCACUGUCAAGGAAAACAACUCGAAGGUGAAGACCUUGCUGUCCAUUGGAGGAGACCAUGCGAGUGCUGAUAGCUUUGCAGCCAUGGCGGCCACUUCUUCAAAUCGUGCAUCUUUUAUUGGAAGCUUCAUUUGUAAGGCCAGAGAGGGUAACUUUGAUGGGGUGGAUGUUCAGUGGGUGUACCCUUCUUGUGUGGAGGACAUGUCCAAUUUUGAAGCUCUCAUCAUUGAGUGUCGUAAUGGCGUUGUCAAAGAAGCUAAGGAGUCUCGUCAGCCACGAUUGAUCCUUGUUGCUACGGUGUUUUACUCGCCUUAUAUAAAUGACGUUCCUUAUCCAAUUCAAGUCAUCCGAAGAACUUUGGAUUGGGUUAAUGUGAUUGCUUAUGAUAUCUACACUCCUACUUCCUCCACCAAUGAAACUGGACCUUCCUCAGCGUUUUAUAAUCCAAACAAAAACUCCUCCUCUGGUUACUUUGGAAUUUCCAAGUGGGUUUUGCUUAGAACGUCUCAAUAUUGGGUGAUCUCUAAGAAUCAU